ACCCAAGGCAAGCAGACGGUAGAAGUAGUUCACAUAGGGUUCGUUCAUUUAGCCUCGAUUUUAUUUACCGCUAUGGUUUGAGGUUAACUUAGUUUAAAGCGUUGUAAACACUGAAAUUUCAAUAUACUAUGGUGAUUUAAGGGUAGUUUAUAAAUGGUUUGUGUUUAGAAAAUUUGCUUUCUCCAGAGGCCGAGAAAAGCUUUUCGCAAUAAUGCAUGUAACAAGAAGAAUUUGGCGAAUUGUUUUUUCAGGAUUUGUCUGUACAAUGGUGAGUUGUCACGUGAUUACCGGCACAGAAUCGAUCGAUGCUACUUCACAACCAGCCACUGACACAACACAACAGCACGAUAACAACAACAACACCUAUGCAACUGCCGACACAUUAGAAGGUUUCCUGCAGCUUUUCGAACCUGACUCUAGACCGCAAGGCUUACAUCAUGAUAACCGAACCGGAAAGACCGUUAUUUCAGCUGGAGGUGGAGAAAUGGCAAAGUCUGAUGUCUGCUCCCCACGACCAACCAGCGUAAAAAUUGAGUACCCCACAGACAACCCGAGGGUUGUGUUCUUUCCCGUGUGUACCCUGGUAGAACGGUGUGGGGGCUGUACGACCUCGCCCAACGUGGCGUGUGUCCCAACGGCUAUAGAGCGGUCCAGCUACAAGGCGUUGAGCGGGGAAUACCCAACGGAUGGCAGUGGUCAGUUAAUCAACCCAGGGUACAUCAAUAUCGUCAUCGAGCGUCACCUGACCUGCAGAGUCCAGUGUAUGCUGGACGCGGAAAAGUGCGGCCCCGGCAAGUCGUUUAACGCAAGAAGCUGCAGCUGCGACUGCUUGGAGGUCCGCAGAUGUCUGCCACCAUUGGUUUUUGACCCGGAGAAUUGCAGCUGUAAUUGUGGUCCAGUCAACUGCUGCCCAGCGGGUCAGGCCACACCCUGUCGUCUGGUUCUGAAUAACAACACAUGCCAGUGUGACGUUACUGACAGAAUGUACAUCAACGCCGGCGGCAGCAUCCCCUCGCUACAGCAAGUUGUUACAAACGCGCAGGCGACACCAUCAGCCGCCGCACCGAACACCACAUCGACAACAUCUUCAGCAAACGACCCAUGUGCAAAUUACAAGUGCCCUCCACGAACUGUCAAAUAUGUUAACAAUAGAGGUGUCUGUGCUUGCCGCUUGCAAAACACCAUACCACGACAGGGAGGACCAUAAAAUUAUGUACACACUCUUGACACCCACGCCGCAACACUAAAUUAAAAAUAAAACAAAUAUAGAACACAUAUAAAACAAAUAUAAAACAAAUAUAAAACAAAUAUAAAACAAAUAUAAAACAAAUAUAAAACAAAUAUAAAACAAAUAUAAAACAAAUAUAAAACAAAUAUAAAACAAA